AUGCCCACCAUGACCACGCUGGAAAGGAGUCACUCCUGUACCUCCAGCACUUCCCUCUCCAUGUCCAGUCCGCGACCGUCUCGACGCGAAAUCACACCGCCUGGCUCCGAACUGUCCCUCUCCCAUCUCCAUGACCGCAUGAAUCAGCUCGACUCGCGUGUGCUCGAACUGCGAUCUACUGUCCUUACCAAGGAUGGCUAUGUCGACCGCCGGAACCGCGAGGAUGAACACAUCCGUCGUGAAUUCGAGACCCACCGUGCUAUCUCCCACCGUAUUGACCUCAACGUCGUGGCACUGCGCUCCGAUGUCGACCAGAUCAAGACUAGUAUCUUCCAGCUGAAGUCUAGCCUUGGUCAGUCGGGCACAGAGACGGUGUUCCUGCGUGGAGAUGUCGAUCGGAUGCAGAAGACUGUGGAUCAACUUCAUGUCGACUUGGAGCAGAUCAGGACAGAGUCGUGCGCCACACGGGUUGACAUCAGCAAACUUCAAGCUACAUCGAGUCAGCUCCGCACGGAUUUGGUUACCUUGGAUCAUAAGCUGUCCCGCCAGUUCCACCACUUGAACUCGCGCAUGGACUCUAUGGAAUCGCGUAUGAGACACUCCGAUCGUGUCCGUUUCAACUCUCUCGCCCAUACCAUUCUCGCUCCUAUCAGCCCUGUCCCUGUCAUCACCGAUGAUGGGGCUCUUGAAUGGCCCAAAUACUUCCCGCGUACGGUCUGGAAAUUUUGGUGUCUCAAGAAAAGAAGUCGAGUUCAUCGUCUGGUUGAACUCGCGGAAUUUUAUGAACUGGGUGGUUACCAGGAUUGGUCUCGGAUGCACCAGACCGAUAUGUUUGCCGACAGUGAUUCUAGUGACUCCAGCGAUGGAUCCUUUGUCAUAUCUCGGGAAGAAGCUGUCCGUCGCUUCCCCGAAGCCGCACAUCAAGCACUCGCCGCCACUCUAGGUCUUGUGUACUACAAGAUUCGCAAUGAGGUGGGCGAAGGCCCGAAUGCCGUACCAUCCCGUCCGCUGAAGCGUCAGCAAGAAGAUGUUGCUUCCGCAAGCACAGGUCCCAAGUCUAAGCCCGUGAAGAUGCCGCGCAGACCUAGUGUUUCCGACACUUUCUUGCAACGGUUGAUCAAUGGUCCCUCCGUGGCCGAGUCUCAAUCGUCCGUCUCCGAAGAAUUUGACAAGUUGGGGUGGAACCCAUUCUCAGAUGUCUCCGAGGACGCCAUGAGUAAGCUGCGAUCAAUUGACCCGCAAGACAUUGGAACCGUUCUUCGUGCUUUGGAACAAGGCCGUCUCAAGCUGAAGCCCAGUGGAUCGGAAAAGGCGCGCAUGUCCCCCACUGAGUCCAAAGCCAGUCACGGACUCGGCAAGUUAGUUGAACAGCCUGAGGUGCCUACCGUGCCAAAUACUGUUCCCACCCAGCCUAUUUCUUCACAGUCUAGUAAGGCUAAGCCUGCUUCUGUGCCCGACAUUCCUGAGACUGCUUCCGAUUCGGACAGCACAACCUCUUGA